AUGUUGGGAAGAAAUCAGCAGAUGACUGUUGCUAAGCAACCACAGGCAGUUUUCCCAACGGUCUUGGAAUCAAAAGGAGAGGAACUCACCAUGAGUGGGGUUUGGGCAGCUCAGGUAUCCCUAUUUUCCUCAGGUCCAAAAUGUUGCCAAGGAAAUGCGGAGAGCCCCUGCUUUCCAGAAAGUAGUGAUGUUGUCAAUAGAGAAGGCUUAGAUCAGCAGGAUUUCCCAGGGAAGUCGGCUCCUCCAGGAGGGAGGGAAAGGCCUCUUUCUCGGGUCUGUGCCUCCGGUUCUGAACGUUCAGCGUCCUGUUUGUCAAGUCCCUUGCGUGGUUUUGAAGUUACACUGUCCUCAGGUAUCUCCUUAGGUGCUUGGCAGGAGGGCAGUGGUCGGAUGAGGAACAUGCAAGGCUGUGUCUCCCUUGGGGUUUAA